UGUAAAGGAGGUUCUAUCUGUGAACUGAUCAACGGAGAAAUGGUCUGUAAGUAUUGUGGGUAUGGUCCCACAGAUGUGGAUGAACGGUGUCGGCUUCGUGUGCUGGGAUUCGAAGGCAGAGGACUAGUCAACAUCAAUAAGGGCCUAGGCAGGCUCGAAUGGCAGCUAAGCUUCAGGCUUGCUACAAUCGCUCACGAGGGUGUCAUACUGUUCUCCGGAGAUCGUAACUCGGAUUUUAUCGAGAUUUCCAUCCAGGACCGUAUUCUUAGAGCAGAAUUUUCACUUGGCGGUCCAACGAAGGCAUUACGUAUGGAGAAUGAACGGAAGAAUCGGGUGAACGAUGGUGAAUGGCACACCGUCCAUGUCAUCUUCUACGAUCGGAGUCUCACCUUGUUACUCGACGAUUGUGAUGCAUUUGUAGCUCUUCACGCCCACGGGGCUGCUCCAUGUGCUGCCCAGGCAAGAAUCGACCUACCGGCCAAGUAA